AGUCGUGGUGUGCCUGAUGAGUUUCUAUGAUUUUCUGUACAACGGAUCGAAUCCUCAACGUGCACAGUGUAUCGAUAUCAUGAGAUCUUCAGCUAUUUCAAAUUGAUGCGCUCGUUCAGCAAACGCAUCUCGGCUCGGCUGUGCAGUCGACUGAAGUCCCCUUUCCUGUGUGAAUCCGGCAUCUCAUUGUUCGUCCAAAUGUGGAGGAACUAGGAACGUAUGUGAUGGAUGAAACCUCCCAAAACCAAAACGGCCAAAUCGGCCCACACGGAGGGGCAAUGGGCGUUGGACCGAAGCAGAACCACGAAGACCAUAAUCAAAGGGCCCAGUAUUCCAUGCCUGGCAUACUGCAUUUUAUCGAGCACGAGUGGACUCGUUUUGAAAUGGAGAAAGCGCAGUGGGAUGUCGAGCGUUCUGAACUCCAAGCACGGAUUGCCUUCUUGCAAGGUGAAAGAAAGGGACAAGAAAACUUGAAAAAUGACCUGAUCCGCCGUAUAAAAAUGCUGGAGUAUGCCUUGAAACAGGAAAGAAUAAAGUUUCACAAGUUGAAGUACGGAGUGGAUAUCAAUUUUGAUGGGGGUCGUGCGGAAGGCGACAUCGGAGAUGGCAUCGAAUCGCCUUCGUCAGCCGACGGUGAUUUGCUCUUGACAACUUCUACUGCCACAAGUCCGCCGACUGUCUCCUGGAAACAGGGGAGACAGCUGUUGAGACAAUACCUGCAAGAGAUCGGAUACACGGAUACGAUUAUUGACGUGAGAUCUGCUCGAGUUCGUACGCUUUUUGGUCUCAACAACCCAGAUGGGCCUGAAAACGAUUCCAACGGAAAAGCUGGGAAAAACUUACCUGCUGUGAACGGUAGUGAUCCAAGUGUUCCGGGUAACAAUAAACGAAACCUCGAGACUCAGCAAAAACGCGGUGGUAAAAAAGUCAAGGGUCGAGGGGCUUCGUUAGCUGAAAAUCUCCUGCUGGAUGCCGAAGCCGUCAUGGCCAAUUUGGACUUCCUUAGUGGGAACGGUGUAGAAGUCGACGAUGAUGACGAAGAUGAUGACGAAGAAUGUCUGUCGGAUGAAGAGCGGGAUGAACUUGAGGAUUCACGAGAGCGGAAAAAAUCGUCAAAACUGGUAAACGAGGAUGACGAAAUGGAUGCCGAAACUGAAGAAGUUUUGAAUGAGUUCGACUUCUUAAUCACUGACGGGUCAGAUUCUGCAGAUGAUUCAGAAGAUGCUAUUCACGAUGAUGAUGUUGAAUGGAGCGGAAAAAAUGCUCUGUUAGCCAAGCUGAAACAAGAUUAUCAACAGGAUAUGAAACUCCGCCGCAAAGGACCUCAGUCGUUGGAGCGCCCCAAAAGAUCAAAACUUGAAGCGAUGUUGGCCACGCUGAAAGACGACGUUUUGCGUGACGACGCUGAGGUGCAACGAUCCGGUUUGGAGUCAAUGGUAGACAACGCCACUGAUGAGUCCAAAGGCAUUGGACGAACAAAAGGCGGAAUGACCGCCAGUUUCUUGAACCUACGGAGCAGCAAUCCGGCAGCGUCGUUGUCAGCCGAUGGUCUAGGAGGCAAGGAUGAAGACAUGGAAGAAGGUCUUGGUCUCGGAGAACUUGCUCAGCUCACUGUGAACAACGAAGCGGACGUGAGCUAUGAUCUAAUGAUCGCUCUGAUCGUUUAUUUGCAGAUAACCAGCUCAAAGGAAGCUUUCCGUAAAACGUGGAGUGCGAAGUACACGCUAAGAAGUCAUUUCGAUGUUGUUAGAGCUCUUGCUUUUCUACCCGUCGAGCCAGCGCUCAUCACCGCAUCGGAAGAUCACACCCUGAAGUUGUGGAAUCUACAAAAAACCGUUCCUACUAAAAAAUCCGCUUCGCUGGACGUGGAGCCGGUUUACACUUUUCGGGGUCACAUCGGUCCUGUUCUGUGUCUCUGUGUCGACCCAAGCGGAGAAACCUGCUACAGUGGUUCGGCGGACACUAAAAUCAACUGCUGGGCGAUACCCAGUUCUAAUCUCGAUCCUUAUGAUAACUUUGAUCCGAGCGUGAUGAUGCACUCUCUCAGCGGGCAUACGGAUGCGGUCUGGGGUCUUGCUAUUCACCCGAACAAAGGGCAGCUACUUUCGUGCUCAGCAGAUGGUACCGUACGACUUUGGCAGCCGUCGAAUGCCAGUCAGCCGUUGCUGACAACCUUCCCAACGUCGGAGCAGGAUGGCCUUCCCACCUGCAUAGAUUUCAUUAGAGGUGAAACGCCGCCCGUGAAGAUGGUAGUGGGCUUCCGUUCUGGCGUUGGUGUUGUGUUCGAUGUAGAAACUGCAAAACCAGUUAUGCGUCUGGAGGCGCCGCCGGCGGGAGAAGGUGCUGGUGACGGUAGUAUUCCAGGAUCGGCGAUACACGCCAUAGUGUCACACCCGACAUUACCUUUGGUGCUUACUGGGCACGAAGAUAAGCAUAUCCGUUUCUGGGACGUUGGAAAUUCCACAUCGCCUGGGCGGCUGAUUCAUUCCAUGGUGGCCCAUUUGGACACAGUCACGUCUUUGGCAGUUGAUCCUAAUGGACUGUACCUUGUCUCUGGCAGUGAGUAUCUGCGUCUCUUCGAUCAUCGGUUUCUUAUCUGGAUGUUUGAAGUAGGAACGAUAUCUCUGGGAACAACUCUGAGUAGGUUCUUGAUGAAACAACAGCUGGGCGAGUCAUGUCAUGACUGCAGCAUUCGGUUGUGGAAUUUGGACGACAAGACAUGUGUCCAGGAGAUCACGUCGCACCGGAAAAAAUUCGACGAAUCGAUCUUGUCUGUGGCGUUCCAUAGGUCAAAACCUUUCAUCGCGAGCGCUGGGGCUGAUGGAGUCGCAAAGGUGUUCGUAUGACACGAUGGGACGUGUCUCGAACCUGGUCGCAACCCAGUCCAUUGCCACCGGCAUUCCGGCGUCUUCUGCUCAGCCUUUGCGACUACUUUGGCUACGGCAAUUUAGAUCUCUGCCCGUGUCGGCGAGAUUGAAGUCGGAGGGAAGAAGUGUUUAGCGAACAAUGGUAUCGUAUGCUCCGUCUCUCCUCUUCCUUCAGGGUUUCCUCUGACUUGACCCGUUUCGCAGCGCUUCGCCAAAGUCGUUGACGCGAAUUGGCUUUUUACUGACUCUGUCGGCUGUGCAAUUAUGUCCCUGACCCUUUUGAAAACAAUGAGUAGUGUGUGAGAAUGUGCGAGGCGUAUGCAUGAAACUUUGUAUGUUGUAGAUAGGCUCUCUUGCGACUGUGGACGAACCAUUGCUGGAGCGGGUUGUCAUCGUGAGAGUGGGGUGCACUGCUCUGAAUUCUAGCAAGGCUCUUGGCUUUCAUUCUGUUGCAUUGACAUGCGACGCUUAUGCCUGAGUCGGGUGAUCGUUUCAAUUUUUACUCUGGGAUUGCCUCGCGUGGAUAGUGAAGCGGAUUCUUCUUGUGAAUAAGAGAAUUGAGAUAGUGAAACCGUUGAAUUCGCCUCUCUUGGUUUCCUUUUGUUCUCGGCAAGGGAGUCCCUGCCUUCGGAAUACCUAGUCUCACGCGUCUGCAAUUUGUAGACUUGGCAAGUUGUAAGAGUGCUCAAUGUUCUAAGAUCAGUGAUGUUGCAUUCUGUCUUGAAUUGUGGAUGACGUGAAAUGCCACCGCGGCGUUAGACAGAAAUCGUGAGGGGUGGCUAAUUUUUCAGAGCGCCUGCAAUGUUGCUUUUCUUUUCCUGUGGGCAUUCGGUCGUAAAUUUAUUUUUGCUUCAGCUGUUUGGCAAGAAAGUCCCGGAUGAGAGAACCAAUGAAUUUAUCUCACUGGACACGGAGGAUCAGUCAGCAUGGUCGUCGCAGUGUUUUAAUCUUUGACGAGGCGGAGCAGGGUUGAGUCUUCCUGUUGCCUGGUCAGGGUGGUACGAGCCCCGCUAGUGCGACGCACGGGAUUUUUUUUUUUUUCUGAUCAGAAUCCAUCCCAAGUGCCUGUCAGUAGUGCAACAUACCUUUAGUAUUUGCGGGAGACCCAAUCAGUUGACACAGAGCUCGUUGUUGUUGCCUUCCGGCGCGCGCGACGAACGUUCGCUGUAAUACUUGAAAGCAGUGACACAUCACGCAAUAUUCGCAAUGUCAUAGAUUUUGCGUUUCUACUUCCAAUCACGGAACGGGGAUGCGUGUUGUAGCAUCCUGAAGAUAUAUUUUUUUAAUUAGCGCCAAUAAUCAUUUGUUCCCUCUCCUGCACCACUGGACGCAAGAAAGUGUUUGGUGUCCGUCGUGGAUUGUGAAAUACAACGAACCCCUGGCCCGCAUUGAAGCGCUGCUCUGCUAGGCGUGACACUUCGCGGACAAGUCUGGGUCGCUGCCGUGAUGAUUUCCUCCUCUCCGAGAAAACUGUUCGCUUAUCGGUCGCAAAUGUGACUGUACCGAUUCGGUGUCAUGUUAUUUAUUUUUGUUUCUGAUCAAGCCCCGGGGCAUUGCGGGGUGAUGUAUUUAUUGCGGUCCUUUCUGUUUCUUCGCAGCGAAGAGGGAUCCUUGAGAGACUGACAAAUGCCAAGUAUGUUCAACCAGUGAUCGGAAACGCGCGGAGAUCCCUUAGGUCAUAUAGCACUGUUCGUGCAUGGUGUCGCAUUUCUAUUGUCCCCCAUUUCGUCUGGCUCUCAUCAGUCUGACCUCUUAGUUGCUCACAGAUGAUCAGCGUGUUGAGUUGUGCUUUCUUGCCUUGGCCAAUCGGCAGUGUCUGUAGACAUUCCGGGGAACCUUCGUGUAACAAAACUAUCGUUCUAGUCAGCGCCCUGGGCGUGAGGCAUGUUAUCAAAAGCUCUGCAACUUGAAGGUCCUGAAUAUGAUACUCUCAACACCUGAUGCGAAAUGUUGGAUGCUAAGAAUGUUCUGGGCUGUCUCUUGGAAAUCUAUCAAUCGCGAAGAAGAUCGAAAGUCUUGCCUGCAUUGCUGGGUGUCAGAUGCCCAAUCGAGUUCGCUACAGUUCAACAAGCUGAGCAACUGUUAGAACAACCGUAAGAAGUCGUAAUGAUUGUUCGGAUGCCUACUUUUCAACUUCGUGUAGAUGGAUGAAAAUUGAGCAAAUGAACUACGACGCAGUA